UCUCCAUAUAAAAGCAGCUCGGCUUCCCCGCCCUCUCUCACUGCCCGCUCCUCUCCGCCUCGCUCGGAGAGGGCGGAGGGGAGAGGCGGCGCGCGGCGCCGGGAGGAGGGGGACGCAGGGGGCGGAGCGCCGACGGCACCUUCGGGGACAAUCCUUUCUCCUGCCGCAGAGGAGAGAGCGGAGCGGUCGGAGCGAGGACUGCGCGCAGCUCAGCUAGCCGGCAGGAUGGCGACCGUGGUGGUGGAGGCCACCGAGCCAGAGCCUUCCGGCGGCAUCGCCAACCCGGCGACAUCCACCUCGCCCAGCCUGUCGCACCGCUUCCUCGACAGCAAGUUCUACUUGCUGGUGGUCGUGGGCGAGAUCGUGACCGAGGAGCACCUGCGGCGUGCCAUCGGCAACAUCGAGUUCGGAAUCCGAUCGUGGGACACGAACCUGAUCGAGUGCAAUCUGGACCAAGAACUCAAGCUCUUUGUAUCGCGACACUCUGCAAGAUUCUCUCCUGAAGUCCCAGGACAAAAGAUCCUUCAUCACCGAAGUGAUGUGUUAGAGACAGUCGUCCUGAUCAACCCUUCCGAUGAAGCCGUUAGCACUGAGGUGCGCUUGCUGAUCACUGACGCCGCCCGACACAAGCUGCUCGUGCUGACCGGGCAGUGCUUUGAGAACACCGGAGAGCUUAUUCUCCAGUCCGGCUCUUUCUCCUUCCAGAACUUCAUAGAGAUUUUCACAGAUCAAGAGAUUGGGGAGUUACUGAGCACUACCCAUCCUGCCAACAAAGCCAGCUUAACCCUGUUCUGUCCCGAAGAAGGGGACUGGAAGAAUUCCAAUCUUGACAGACAUAAUCUGCAAGACUUCAUCAACAUCAAGCUCAACUCAGCUUCUAUACUGCCAGAAAUGGAAGGACUCUCUGAGUUUACCGAGUAUCUCUCAGAAUCAGUGGAAGUCCUGUCCCCUUUUGACAUCCUAGAGCCUCCCACGUCGGGAGGAUUUCUGAAGCUCUCCAAGCCCUGCUGUUACAUCUUCCCAGGAGGGAGAGGUGACUCCGCCUUGUUUGCGGUCAACGGAUUCAACAUGCUCAUCAAUGGCGGCUCCGAGAGAAAGUCAUGUUUCUGGAAACUCAUCCGACACCUGGACCGAGUGGACUCCAUCCUGCUCACACACAUUGGCGAUGACAACCUGCCGGGCAUCAACAGCAUGCUGCAGCGCAAGAUUGCAGAACUUGAGGAGGAGCAGUCACAGGGCUCGACCACAAACAGUGACUGGAUGAAAAAUCUCAUCUCCCCUGACUUGGGCGUUGUGUUUCUCAACGUCCCGGAAAAUCUGAAAAACCCAGAGCCCAACAUCAAGAUGAAGAGAAGCCUGGAGGAAGCCUGCUUCACUCUCCAGUACCUGAACAAGCUCUCUAUGAAGCCAGAGCCUCUGUUUCGAAAUGUAGGCAACACCAUUGAUCCUGUCAUUCUUUUCCAAAAAAUGGGAGUGGGUAAACUUGAGAUGUAUGUGCUUAACCCAGUCAAGAGCAGCAAAGAAAUGCAGUAUUUUAUGCAGCAGUGGACUGGCACCAGCAAAGAUAAGGCUGAACUCAUCCUGCCUAAUGGCCAGGAAGUAGAUAUCCCGAUUCCCUAUUUAACUUCAGUCUCAUCGUUGAUCGUGUGGCAUCCGGCAAACCCUGCUGAGAAAAUCAUCCGCGUCCUGUUUCCUGGCAACAGCACCCAAUACAACAUCCUGGAAGGACUGGAAAAACUCAAACAUUUAGACUUCCUGAAGCAGCCGCUGGCCACCCAAAAGGAUCUGACUGGCCAGGUGCCCGCUCCCGCAGUCAAACAGGUCAAACUGAAGCAGAGGGCCGACAGCAAAGAAAACCUGAAGCCAGCCGCCAAACCGGUGCCCAGCAAACCCGUGCGAAAGGAAUCAAAGGAAGAAGCCCCCGAUGUCACCAAAGCUAAUCAGGUGGAAAAGCCAGCCAAGGUGGAGAGCAAAGAAAAGGCGCCGGUCAAGAAGGACAAGCCCCUCAAAGCAGAGGCUAAAACAACCGUGGCGGAAAAGGAGGCGCCCAGCAAGGACGAGCAGCCUCCCGCGAAAGCCGACGUGGCGGAAAAGCAAACCACAGACGUCAAACCCAAGGUCUCCAAAGAGAAGACGGUGAAGAAGGAGGUGAAGGCGAAAUCUGACGAGAAGAAAGAGGAGAAGGAAAAAACCAAGAAGGAGGUGGUGAAGAAGGAGGACAAGACCCCCGUCAAGAAAGAGGAGAAACCGAAAAAGGAAGAGGCGAAGAAGGAAGUCAAAAAAGAAAUCAAGAAGGAAGAGAAGAAAGAACCCAAGAAAGAGGUUAAGAAGGAAACGCCCCUGAAGGAAGCCAAGAAGGAAGUGAAGAAGGAAGAAAAGAAGGAGAUGAAAAAGGAAGAGAAAGAACCUAAAAAAGACAUCAAGAAGCUCACUAAAGACACAAAGAAACCAUCCACCCCUCUGUCUGAUGCGAAAAAACCUGCCACGUUGAAACCCAAAGUAGCUGCCAAGAAGGAGGAACCGGCCAAGAAAGACACCGUGGCUGCGGGCAAGCCGAAGGAGAAGGGCAAGAUCAAAGUGGUUAAGAAGGAAAGCAAGCCCACCGAGGUGGCUGCCGCCGCCGCCACAGCAGCCGCCACAGCAGCCGCCAUGGCCGCCGUGGCCGCGGCAGGGACGGCUGCUCCCAGUCCCGGCAAGGAGCUCGAGGCCGAGCGCUCGCUCAUGUCAUCCCCCGAGGACCUCACCAAGGACUUCGAGGAAUUAAAAGCCGAAGAGGUGGACGUGGCCAAGGGCAUCAAGCCUCAGCUGGAGCUGAUGGAAGACGAAGAGAAACUCAAGGCGACCGAGGCGGGCGAAGCUUACGUCAUCCAGAAAGAGACGGAAGUCCUCAAAGGCCCUGCCGAGUCCCCGGAUGAGGGCAUCACGACCACCGAAGGGGAGGGCGAGUGCGAGCAGACGCCCGAGGAGCUGGAGCCCGUGGAGAAGCAAGGGGUGGAGGACACGGAGAAAUACGAAGACGAAGGGGCUGGCUUUGAGGAGUCCUCGGAGGCCGGAGACUACGAAGAGAAGGCUGAGACCGAGGAAGCCGAGGAGCCGGAAGAGGAUGCUGAGGAGAGCAUGGGCAUGGGCGCCCCCAAGCAUGGCGCUGCCGAGGACGAGGAGGUGGCUAAGGCCGAGGCGGAUGUACACAUCAAGGAGAAGAGGGAGUCGGUGGCCAGCGCCGAUGACAGAGCGGAAGAAGACAUGGACGAAGCAAUUGAAAAAGAAGAGGCCGAACAAUCCGAGGAGGAGGGCGAUGAGGAGGACAAAGCUGAGGACGCCAGGGAGGAGGACUAUGAGCCUGAGAAAGCAGAAGCUGAAGACUACGUGAUGGCCGUGGUUGACAAGGCCGCAGAGACCAGAGGUGCGGAAGACCAGUAUGGCUUCCUCACGGCUUCAGUCAAGCAGCCUGGGGCCCAGUCUCCCAGCAGAGAGCCUGCCUCUUCCAUUCAUGAUGAGACACUACCUGGAGGCUCCGAGAGCGAAGCCACGGCCUCUGAUGAGGACAAUCGAGAGGACCAACCUGAGGAAUUCACUGCCACCUCGGGCUACACUCAGUCUACCAUUGAGAUCUCCAGCGAGCCCACCCCCAUGGAUGAGAUGUCCACUCCUCGCGAUGUAAUGAGUGAUGAGACCAAUAACGAAGAAACAGAGUCCCCAUCACAGGAAUUUGUAAACAUCACCAAAUAUGAAUCUGCCUUGUAUUCCCAGGAAUACGCCAAGCCUGCUGUGACAUCACUCAAUGGACUGUCGGAUGGGUCAAAAACAGAUGCCACUGAUGGCAAAGACUACAACGCCUCAGCAUCCACCAUCUCUCCACCCUCCUCCAUGGAGGAAGACAAAUUCAGCAGAUCCGCUCUGCGUGAUGCCUACUACUUAGAAGAGAAAGAAGCAAAAGCCAGUGCCACGCUGGAGGUCAAAGAGACCUUCUCCACAGUUUCUGAGGAAAAACUCAGCCCGCCGAAGAGCCCAUCCCAGAGCCCAUCUCCGCAGUCUCCUGUAGAGAAGACGCCCCUGGGGGAACGUAGCGUCAACUUCUCUCUGACACCCAAUGAAAUUCAAGUCUCUACAGAGGCAGAAGUAGCCCCGGUGUCUCCUGAGGUACCACAGGAAGUAGUUGAGGAACGCUGUGCUAGUCCCGAGGAGAAGACUCUGGAAGUGGUGUCCCCUUCUCAGUCUGUGACUGGCAGUGCAGGCCACACACCUUACUACCAAUCUCCCACCGAAGAGAAAUCAAGUCACCUGCCUACAGAGGUCAUUGAGAAGCCACCAGCUGUCCCCGUGAGAUUCGAAUUCAGUGAUGCCAAAGAUGAGAGUGACAGAGCCUCCGUGAGCCCCAUGGAUGAGCCUGUGCCUGACUCUGAGUCUCCCCUUGAGAAGGUCUUGUCACCUCUGCGUAGUCCUCCCCUGUUGGGAUCCGAGUCUGCCUAUGACAGUUUCCUGAGUGUUGAUGACAAGGCUCCGAGCAGAAGUAGUGAAAGUCCAUUUGAAGGAAAGGAUGGCAAGCAAGAACUCCCAGACCAGAUGUCUCCAGUCUCUGACAUGGCAUCCACGAGUCUUUACCCAGAUAGAGAGGAAGGGAAGAGCAUGGACUUUAUACCGAUAAAGGAAGAUUUCGAUCAAGACAAGAAGACUGACGAUGUUGAGUCUGUGAGUUCCCAACCAGCACUAGCUUUGGAUGAAAGAAAAUUAGGAGAUGUUUCUCCAACACAGGUAGAUGUCAGUCAGUUUGGGUCUUUUAAAGAAGACACUAAGAUGUCCAUCUCUGAGGGCACUGUCUCAGACAAGUCAGCCACACCUGUGGACGAGGGUGUAGCAGAAGACACCUACUCGCAUAUGGAAGGGGUGGCCUCAGUCUCCACGGCCUCUGUGGCUACAAGCUCAUUCCCAGAGCCAACCACAGAUGACGUGUCUCCUUCUCUGCAUGCCGAGGUGGGCUCCCCACACUCCACAGAAGUCGAUGAUUCCCUUUCAGUGUCUGUUGUGCAAACACCUACCACGUUCCAGGAAACAGAAAUGUCUCCAUCAAAAGAAGAAUGCCCAAGACCAAUGUCAAUUUCUCCACCAGAUUUCUCCCCUAAAACAGCCAAAUCCAGGACACCGGUCCAGGAUCACAGAUCGGAACAGUCUUCCAUGUCUAUUGAAUUUGGCCAAGAAUCACCUGAGCAUUCCCUUGCUAUGGACUUCAGUAGGCAGUCUCCAGAUCAGUCUGCAGUGGGAGCAGGUGUGCUCCACAUCACAGAAAAUGGGCCGACAGAGGUGGACUAUAGUCCUUCUGACAUGCAGGACUCCAGUUUGUCACAUAAGAUACCACCCAUGGAGGAGCCAUCCUUCACGCAAGAUAAUGAUCUCUCAGAACUCAUCUCAGUGUCUCAGGUGGAGGCCUCCCCGUCCACCUCUUCUGCUCAUACCCCUUCUCAGAUAGCUUCUCCUCUUCAAGAAGAUACUCUGUCUGACGUUGCUGCUCCCCGAGAUAUGGCCUUGUAUGCCUCUCUGACCUCUGAAAAAGUGCAAAGUCUGGAAGGAGAGAAGCUCUCUCCUAAAUCUGAUAUCUCUCCACUCACUCCACGGGAGUCCUCUCCUUUAUAUUCUCCUGGUUUUUCAGAUUCUACCUCUGCAGUCAAAGAGAGCAUGGCAGCUUGCCCCACUUCUUCCUCCCCACCCACAGGUGCAGGCUCUGCAGAGCCCUAUGGUUUCCGUGCCUCGAUGUUAUUCGAUACAAUGCAACACCACCUAGCCUUGAGUAGAGAUUUGACAACCUCUGGUGUGGAGAAGGACAGUGGAGGGAGGACACCUGGAGACUUCAGCUACGCCUAUCAAACACCUGAGAAAGCAACCAGGUCCCCAGAUGAAGAAGAUUACGACUAUGAGUCUUAUGAGAAAACAACACGGGCACCAGAUAUGGACAGCUAUUACUAUGAAAAGACAGAGCGAACCAUCAAAUCCCCAUGUGAUGGUGGCUACUCCUACGAGACCGUUGAGAAAACUACCAAGAGCCCCGAGGAUGGCGGCUCCGCCUGUGAAAUCACUGAGAAGACCACCCGGACACCUGCAGAGGAUGGGUAUUCAUACGAGAUGAGUGAGAAGACAACAAGGACCCCUGCAGUGAGUGGCUACAGCUAUGAGAAGACUGAGAGAUCUCGAAGGCUCCUGGAUGACAUCAGCAAUGGCUAUGAUGACUCUGACGAUGGCAGCCACACAUUGGGAGACUCCAGCUACUCUUAUGAGACCACUGAGAAAAUCUCCAGUUUCCCUGAGUCUGAAAGUUACUCCUACGAGACAUCUACAAAAACCACACACACCCCUGAUACUUCCACAUACUGCUAUGAGACUUCAGAGAAAAUCACCAAAACCCCGCAGGGCUCUACUUACUCCUAUGAGACCUCAGACCGAUGCUACGCUGCAGAGAAGUCGCCCUCAGAAGCCCGCCAGGAGGUUGACCUAUGUCUCGUGUCCUCCUGUGAGUACAAACAUCCUAAGACAGAGCUCUCACCCUCCUUCAUUAAUCCCAAUCCACUAGAGUGGUUUGCCAGUGAGGAUCCCACCGAUGACACCGAAAAGCCCCUCACCCAAUUAGGGGGUGCUCCACCUCCCCCGGGAGGAAAGGUUCAGGGGCGCCAGUGUGAUGAGACCCCUCCCACCUCUGUCAGCGAGUCAGCCCCAUCUCAGACCGACUCUGAUGUGCCUCCAGAGACGGAAGAGUGCCCCUCCAUCACAGCAGAUGCAAAUAUCGACUCUGAGGAUGAGUCAGAGACCAUCCCCACAGACAAAACCGUCACGUACAAGCACAUGGAUCCCCCUCCAGCCCCCGUGCAAGACCGCAGCCCUUCUCCACGCCACCCUGAUGUGUCCAUGGUUGACCCUGAGGCCUUGGCCAUUGAGCAGAACCUAGGCAAAGCUCUGAAGAAAGACUUGAAGGAGAAGACCAAAACCAAGAAGCCAGGGACGAAGACCAAGUCAUCUUCACCAGUCAAGAAGAGCGAUGGGAAAUCCAAGCCAGCAGCAGCUUCACCAAAACCAGCCACCUUGAAAGAAUCCUCAGACAAGGUAUCCCGAGUGGCUUCCCCCAAGAAGAAAGAAUCUGUGGAGAAAGUGCCGAAAACCAGCACCACUCCUGAGGUCAAAGCUGCACGUGGAGACGAGAAAGAUAAGGAGACCAAGAAUGCCGCCAAUGUCUCUGCAUCCAAAUCAACCAAGACGGCAACUGCAGGUCCAGGAACCACCAAGACAGCCAAGCCCUCUGCUGUGCCUCCAGGUCUCCCUGUGUACCUGGACCUGUGCUACAUCCCCAACCACAGUAAUAGUAAGAACGUUGAUGUGGAAUUUUUCAAGAGAGUGAGGUCAUCCUACUACGUGGUGAGUGGGAACGACCCAGCUGCUGAGGAGCCCAGCCGGGCUGUCCUGGAUGCCUUGUUGGAAGGGAAGGCUCAGUGGGGCAGCAACAUGCAGGUGACACUGAUCCCAACUCAUGACUCAGAAGUGAUGAGGGAAUGGUACCAGGAGACUCACGAGAAGCAGCAAGACCUCAACAUCAUGGUGUUAGCAAGCAGCAGCACAGUAGUGAUGCAAGAUGAAUCCUUCCCCGCUUGCAAGAUUGAACUGUAAAAGCCAAGGCCAGCCACACCACAGGAUUUGGACUUUGCUUCCAGAAAUUCUUCACUUUGAAACUACCUUUUCUAAAAAAAAAAAAAAAAAAAAGUCACUUCAUCUAAUUAAGUCGCUGAACAAUUACCUGCCAAAUGCCAUACUGUGUCAUGGUAAUGCAAGUCACCACUAUUUCUCAGUUUUUGCUGAUUGCUAAGGGAAGUCACAGUAUUCCCACAACAGGGUUCAAGUUACUGCAAAAUGACCUACCCCAGUGCAUCUCUGCUGAACAUGUUGGAAACCAUGCACUAGCAAACCCAACUGACUUCUGCUACGUAGAGACAUUUAGAAGGAGAGAGCGAGCAAGCAAGAGAGGGAACGCACAAAGGGAACGCAGAAAUGAGGGAGAGGAAGAGACAGAGAGAAGAAUGAGAAAGAAAAAGGAUGCGAGGGAAGGUGAUGACAUGGUAAAGUCCUGGUGAGACACCCAGACAGAGCGAGCAGGGUGGGGUAGCAGAGGAGGACAUGGCCAACGCUUAGGUCUACGUUUUCUCAGGCAGAAGGUCUUAUGUAAUCGACAGAGGUCAAGUUUACCAUUUGUGUCCGUCUGAGUCAUCCAAAAGGGUCUUAAUUUGCUACAACAAGUUGGUUGGAAAACAAAACAAAAGAGAAACGCAACUUGUUAGGAGGGCCUGUGAGAACUUCACGCCUUAAUUCAACUCCUUCAGACUUGAAGGUCACGCACUGACAGGAUGUAGCGAGUGUAGACUGGACACACAAGUGGUUUUGAGCCCCAUUCAGAACUCUCUGACCCUUUCAACACACGAGUAGACCAAUCUAAGGCAUGCUCCCAGCAUUUGUCCACCCACUUAGUCCACUCUGAUGGCUCGCCUGCAUGCAGCAAUACCCACGUUCACCCCACUUAACUGAAGCAAAUACCAAAGCAGUUGGGAGUACAUUCGGUAGAUGUUUUGCCUUAGGAAGUGACUUGAAUGUACAAAGAUACUUGAUACACUUAUUUUUUCAUGGGAGACAGCAAGUUUAUAACACAUCCAUGUAGGAUUAUAGACACUCCAGGUCAAGGAGCACGUGUUUGCGCGGUGUGUGCUGGUACCAGAAGCUCAUCUGAUUGGUCCAACAGUUUGAUGCUGAGUCAUGUGUUUGGAAUACCACUUCUGUGCACCUGUGGCCCCUUCAGUCAAACAAGUUGUACCACUAGUAGCUUCUUCACUAUUGCACGUUCAAGAUUGAAAUGGCUUCUCUAAUCAGAACUGGGAAAGCAGUGAAUCUUACGGGGGAAGAGCUCUCAGCAAGUGUACAGUAUUUGCCUUCCUUUGUCUUACAUCGGCUUUUUAAAUUUUCCAUUCAUUUCAACAUAAUUAUGGGAACAAGUGUACAGAAGAAUUUUUUUUUUUUUAGAAUAUGUGAGAACUUUUCAUAGAUGAACUUUUUAACAAAUGUUUCAUUUACAGGAAAAUGCAAAGAAAAUUUUCAAAUGAUAUGAUUUCUUUUUUUUUUUUUAGAUGUUUCAUAAGACAAAAAUUGAAUAAUGUCUUUUGAAGUUCUGGCAAGAUUGAAGUCUGAUAUUGCAGUAAUAUUUAUUAAAAAUCCAUGAGUACCAGGAAUAAUGAUACCUCCCACCCUUUGGUUCCGAUAAUGUAAAAACCUGCGUAUAUGGUAUUUGAGAGUGGGGGGGAGAAUAGCAUGGCAAAGCUACUCUUCAAGACAUUUGCAAAUCCAUCACUCAGUUGUGACACUGUUUCAAUAUCUUCAAGCAUGAGGGAAAAGAACCAGAUUAAAGAACCCUGGCAAAAUUUGCAUUGGGAUCUUCUUUUCUGGAAAAAAAAUAAAUAAAUAAAAAGGAAUAAUUUAUGGAAUACAAAUGAACUCCCAAGUCCUAUGGUUCAUCCUUGUAGAAUCCAGAGACGAUUUCCAUCAUUGUCAUCACUGAACUGUGAUCCUGGGAAGCCAGAGCAUGGCGAGAACUGCCAUCAGAGUUCCAAGCCGUGGACCUGUGCACCCAGUGUUCAGACGGGGCGGACUUCUCAGCAUCAGCCGUGCCAGGCUGCCACGUUCCAUUUCCUGCAGACUCUUAAGAGCUACAGCAUAGUGAACAACGACCUCAUUUUAUUUUCUAUGUUAGUUAUUUAUUUCAGAAUUAACAUUUUCGUUUAUUUUUGUCUGAUGAGUGGAUGUUUUGCACUGCUAACGACGAUGAGGGUUUAAACAGUACUUCUUUGGCGUCGCUUUGCUGAAGACCCAUGCAGUCUACUUAAUGCUGUGAAAUACAUUUUUCAAAUGUUUAAUUUUUUUAAGAAGAUUAAUAUUCUAUUUUUGUUAGGCUUCUCCAGCAAUGCAGCUUUUAUUUAUUCCCCAUUUCUUUCAAGCCCUUUAAAAGAACAUAUUAAAGGUACAAAAAAAAAUGAACAUAUGAUGGAAAAGUCAUUGUGAUGAACAUGGAUUUCAUUGAGUAUAAACUCAUCUACUUCGAACUCGUUUCGUGAGACAACCUGAGACACUCAGAAUAAUUUCCUAACGGCGGUAAGGUUGAGUUGAUCCUCAUGAUGCCUGGGAAGAGAAACACGUCUAGCCUUCUUGCCAAAGCCAGACCUCUGGUUGAUUUUUCUGUGAUAGAAGAUGGAGUUGUGUUCCAAUUUCCCAAAUGAAAUUUUUGUAAUGUGCAUUAUUUUGCUUUCAGAAAUUCAAAUACUUUAGGAAAAUAUAGCCAGUCUUCAGUUAUAUUUCCUCUGCCCCCUAAAUCCUCCCCCACCCUUUUUCUUCUGUAAUGGGAUUUGAUGGGGGGGGGGAAAUACAUGUAUAUAAACUGUCAUCGGACAGCUGGCUUGUUUUCCUAGGAAACCUGCCUGUAUCUUUCUCCAUCCAUUGUUCUCAGUGAAGGCCACGGAGCCUCAUGGAGUAUAUCAGGAAAACCAAUAUCUGCAUUACAGGUUGCUCCUGUCCUGGGACACCUCUCCUACCUGUGUGACUAACCUAAUUUUGCUAGUUCCAUCAACUCACAAUUGGUUUAGCAACAGCCAUCACGAUGUACCAUGUACAUUCAUGGUGAGAACUAGAGACUGACCCGGACUCUAGAGCUUUGUUCGCACUGAGUACUUGAGCCGAAGGUGUAGAUGGAUGUCUUGAGUGGAAUUGCCCGUCUGGUUGAAGGACGGCAUUCUGUGGAGAUCGCACCCACGAUCACGACCCUUCUGGUAGUAUUCCUAACCAAAAUUCUGCAGAGAUGAGAUGUUAGCCAUGAGCCUCCAUUUCCAAUUUGAACAAUUCUCUCCCCCUCCCCCCCCCCAACGCCCCCUUCUCUAAACCUGAAUCCCAUGCAUGCUCCCUCAGUCUUGUGGUGGGACUGGAUACAAGGACUGAAUCCCCCUCCCCUAAACACCAUUUCCAUGGAGUUCAAAAAAAAUUUUUUUUCUUUCUUAACAUUACAUAUCAUAGUGAAUGGUUUCCCCAGUGUAUAUGAAUGUUUUAAGUGUCUCCGAUAGCUUAUGCAGUUUUAGGAACUUUCUGAUACUUCUUUAAAUAAGAUUUAAUCAUUUGCUAAUGGAAGUUCUACCACCUUCUAUUUUCCUCUGUUACCAAAUUUCAGCUCCCAGGAGCUACAGGUCUGAAAUUGCUUUUCUUGCCUCUCUUUCAGUCACCUGUCACAGGAGGUUCCUGCUCAGUCAUGAUCUUGUAAGUUAGGAUAAUAACUGUUUUAAAUUUUAUUUUUGCUCUUCAGAAUUUAGAAGAAAAGAUCCUGUUUCCAUUUGAAAGGAACUGUAAGCUUUUAUCUUCACUUGAUCUUAGCCAAAAGGCCGAGAAGCGAUGUAAAGCUUGUAUCUUUUAGCCAACUGAACAACACACCAAAAGCAGCCUAGGAAUGAGCAUUCUUUGAAAGCAAUUAGGUUUUUCACCUGGUAUUAAAACUAUUUACUAUUGAAAACCUACAAAAAAAAUUUUUAAAAAGCUGUGACUUUAUGAAGUUCACUUAAAAGGCAGCCUCAAAGACUGAAAAGGAAGGGGAAAAAAAACCCAACAAUUUCCCUGCACUCGCGUGGAGCUCCGCGAGGCAAGAGCCACAGAGGAGAGGCUGGAGGCCACGCCGGUGGAACACCCAAGGCGGCACCCACCCGCUCUCAGCCCCGGCUGGACACCCACGGCGGUGCCCACCCGCUCUCGGCCCGGCUGGACACCCGCGGUGGCACCCACCCGCUCUCGGCCCCGGCUGCUGCGGGCAGUCCUUCUCGCUCCGGCCCCGGAGAGGCGCAUCUUGAGCCGGGCGCGGAGAAGCUCUCCACACUCCUCUCUCUCGUUCUGAAUGGUGUUUGUGUCAGUCCGCAGCUGUGUAUGGUAUGACGUCUUAUAAUCCUGCAUCACUUCUAUUCUAUCCAGUCAUAUCUAAUGUAGAAAAUUAGUUUCCAGUGAAAGUAAUAUGUAGUGCUUUUAUGAUAUUUGUGUGCAAUAUCCCCUCUUCCAUUGAGGAUAUUUGAUGUAAAGGAAAAAAAAAAAAAACUCAGUUCCACAAUAAAAUACAAAAGUGGCAA